UCAACGUGAAAACGAAAUUCCUGAAAUAAUUAUACAACCUGUCGCGGAAAAAUAAAGAAUCGAUAAAGAUGGUUAGCAAAGGUUUCAAAUAUGUGUCCCAGUAGAAAGCGUAAACUGUCUAAUACUACGAAUGAAAUUGGUAAAAGCAGUAAUGUCAAAGUUGUUGUGCGAGUGCGACCAUUGAACUCGAUGGAGUUAGUUGGGAAUCAUACAAAUGUUGUUCGUCCCAUGGACGAUCGUGUUGUGGUUUUCGAUCCUCACGAAGACUACGAUGCGAGCAGUUUUAUACCAAAUGCGAGAACACGUCGGCGAAGUAAUAUACUUGAAAAGAGGGUGAAAGACUUGCGGUUUAUAUUUGAUCGUGUCUUCGAUGAGAGAUCGAACAAUGAAGAAAUAUUCAAUCAUACGACAAAGACGAUAAUCGACGGAGUUCUUAAUGGAUACAAUUGUACUGUGUUUGCAUAUGGUGCUACGGGAGCUGGCAAAACUCACACAAUGCUUGGUAAUGAUAAAACUCCUGGAGUCAUGUUUUUAACUAUGAUGGAUUUGUACAAAAGAAUUGAUGAAAUGAAAAUUGAGAAAACAUGUGAAGUAGCUGUGUCCUACCUUGAGGUCUACAAUGAAACAAUCAGAGAUUUGUUAAUGGCUGGUAAAGAUCUUGCAAUAAGAGAAGAUCCACAAAAAGGGGUUUGCGUGAAUAAUCUCACACUCCAUCAGCCAAGAAGCGCCGAAGAAUUAUUUGGUAUGUUGGAGUUUGGAAACAGAAAUCGAAGUCAACAUCCGACGGACGCCAACGCCACCUCCUCUAGGUCUCACGCGGUUUUUCAAGUGUUUGUGAGGCAGAAAAGGACUGGGUCUGGUUUGAAAGCCGAUUUUCAGGUUGCAAAGAUGUCUCUUAUUGAUUUGGCUGGUUCAGAAAGGGCGACUGUUACCAAGAAUAAAGGACCACGCAUGCGCGAAGGAGCAAACAUCAAUAAGUCAUUGUUGGCUCUUGGAAACUGCAUCAAUGCUUUAGCUGAGAACAAGAAAAACGCCCACAUUCCUUAUCGCGAUAGUAAGUUGACAAGAAUUUUGAAAGAUUCACUUGGAGGCAAUUGUAAAACUGUGAUGAUUGCCGCUGUCAGUCCUUCAUCGUUAUCGUAUGAAGACACUUACAACACCUUAAAGUAUGCUGAUAGAGCAAAGAACAUCAAAUCAAGUCUUGUGAAAAAUAUAGUCAGUGUUGACCUUCACUUGAGCCAGUAUCCAAAACUCGUAAAAGAACUACAGGCAGAGGUUUGUCAAUUAAAGGAAAGACUAAAUAAAUUUGAAAUGGGUGAAGCUACGCCAAUGAAGAAAAGACGUUUGGACGAGAGUAGGAAAGACGAAUUUGAAAAGUUGAAGAGUGAGAUUAAAUCUGUGUACAAUCAGAAAGGUGACAUUCGUAAAAAUAUUCUUGAUACUGAAUGUCUAGAGAAAGAAAUGAUGGAAAAACUACAUCGAAAGAAAAGAAACAUGGAAUGGAUGAAUAUUCUUUCUUAUGACGACUUGAAAAUGAACAAGGUCGAAACAAAAGUACGAAAGUGUUUAUCAGUUACAAAAUCGCGGAUAAGACACUUGAAAGAACGACGAGAAAAGUUGAAUGAGCAGGCUCGUGAGAACAGUGAAUGGCUUCGUCGUACUCAGAAUGAUUUCAAAAUUAUUGAAUCGCUUCAAUCUUCUAUGGAUAUGCUAUCAUUUUUAACUGUGUACGAGACAUCGUGCCGCAAUAAAAUACAGGCAGAUGAAUUGAUGCAAGAAGCAAAGUAUUACAAGAAAUGUAUAAAAAAUUACGAAUUGCACAGGAAAAUAGAAAAGCGUUUGAUUGAGUCGUUGCUAAAAUGCGUUCGUAAGCAGCACGUCGUUCUGAUGUCCUCUGAAAUGAACACUGAGGAAAUGGAUAAAGAAUAUGAAAAUAUUCUUAACAUGGUUGAGGAUAACAGAGAGGUGGCAUGGGCCGAUCAAAUGACGACCUUAGAUAACAGGGAAACAUCUGACGGGAUAUCUUUUGCAAUAGAAAACUUAAGAACUCCCUGCCGUUCACCUCGAUCGCAAAGAAGGGUUUGCAGUAUUGAUCUUACACCACGUAGAAUGAACAUUGAACGAACGCCAUCGUUAACGCUUAGCUCUACUGUUCCACUACGCGUAGAAAGUGACGUCAUUCCUCAAAGUGGAUUACCAGGAUCUUCAUACACUGACAGAGACGAAAAUAUGUCGAAAACAAAGUCACCAUGCUCAGUCCGUCUUAAUCUCAUUAAUGAGUUAAAUAGGCAUGAUUCGGGAGUUGAAUGUGCAUCAAAAGCAACUGUCGACUCUUCAUCGGAGAAUAAGACGAUUGAAAUGAAACGAUCGAAGUUAAAGACAAGAAAUACAGUUAACAAGAGCGUAGGUCUUCCACUUCGAGAGAAAACCAACAACUCAAACCCAGGAAGUUAUAAAAACAUGCAGCCAGAGCAGAAUUUUAAUUCAAGUUCAGAUAUCGAAAAUGCUCGUGGAGUACGUGGCAAUACUUUGUUAAAGAACUCUAAUUCCCAAAGAAUAAAAGGAAAAGAUAUGUUGCCAAAAAGGGUUGUCACACAUGAAUCCUCAGCUAGCCAAUCAAGACGUUUGUGUUCAUCGCGAUCUGAGUCAUCCAUUGGUCAUGCACAAAAGAUAGAAAAUUGAAAAUUAAAAGAGUUAAAAGUAAGAGUAAUUAAUCCGAUUAAUGCGAUUGCUCUUACUUUUAAUUGUUACAAGAUAGAAAAUUGCAGUAUUGUUAUGAGCAAACAUGUAUAUAAUACUUGGUUUGAAAGAAUAAAUAUUUUAACAGUAAAAA